AUAGUUGUUGCAUUUCAGGUGAAGCUGAGACACAUGAUGCUUUCAAGAAACAUUUUGAUGAGCAGUUAUUAUUGUACAAGUUUAUCAAUGCAGUUACAUUGGUGGAAUUGUCCGGGAAAGAGAAGAUGAUAGGAGAUGCCUACAUUGAUAAUGUGCUCAAAUAUAACUCACAGGACGUCACAUAUAUCACGUUUGAUUUCCACGAAUACUGUCGAGGGAUGAAGUUUGAGAAUGUCUCUAUCUUGACAACAGGAAUAAAAGACAUCAUUAAACAUAUGAGAUAUUGCUGGGUGGACAGGAAAGGGAUGAUUUGUGAACAGAGAGGUGUGUUCCGAGUCAACUGUGUGGACUGUCUUGAUAGAACAAAUGUUGUACAGACAGCUAUAGCUAGAAUUGUUAUGGAAACUCAGUGUCGUAAACUUGGACUUCUCGCCCCAGACGAAAAUCUCCCGGAGAACUGUCGUAAGAUAUUUCAGCAGUUGUGGGCAAAUACCGGAGAUGCUAUCAGUAAACAGUAUGCAGGGACUGCGGCCCUCAAGGGAGAUUUUACAAGGACAGGUGAGAGGAAGAUUACUGGAAUGAUGAAAGAUGGUGUAAACUCUGCCAACAGGUACUAUCUGCGUUUCAAGGACACAUACAGACAAGCAGCUAUAGAUGUUAGCCACGGCAAACCUGUGUCUGAGGAUAUCUUGUCAGGCGGGCUGCGUGUACCAGAGGAUGAUGUCAGAGAACUGUUAGAAAAGGAAGAAAAUGUGAAACAACUUAUCGAAGAUUGUAAGAAGAUGUUGAUUGUGGAACCAGAAGAAUGUCUUGGAGGCUGGGGGCUGAUAAAUGCUGACCCUGUUGCUGGUGACUCAGAUAGACAAGAAAUAGAUAUCAUAUUGUUGCUGAGUCAGAGAGCUGUCUAUGUUGCCUGGUAUGACGAUGAGGAGGAACAGGUUAAUGAGUAUCAACGGAUUUUCCUAGAAGACAUCGAAAAACUAGAAAUUGGUGCAGAACAUUCCUUAAUUAGGACAAAAUCUAUAGUGAUGAGAUUAUAUUACCGGCAUUAUGCGGAUGAGGGGUUUUUCCACACCUUUAGAGCACCUGCUACACGAUUAUUCAACAACCUUGUUAUACCAGUAAAAACUCAGGACGAGGCUAAAGAACAACUUCGGGUGGUUUGUGAAGCAUUUGCUGCAGCUCAGAAUCUUCUGAAACUGGAGCUUACAAUAGAGGAGAAAACUAAACUAGAAAAGAGGAAGACCAAUCCUCACCCAGAAGUAAUGGACAUACACCAGCAGUUACAGGAGAACUCCCUUUUACAGAUCAAACUGCCACGUGACAUUUCCAGUACAGACAUUCCUUCCCAGCCUACAUCAGCUACUUCCUCUCCCAGAAUGAGGCACAGACUGUCACCACUUCCUUUCCAUAAAAUUUCUCAUCAAAACCAGUCUAGUUCACAGAAAUCUCAAGAUUCCAAAAGAGGAAAGCAGAUUGGGUCACUAGUGAAUGCAAAAGCUGCAAUGGUAAAGUCAAUGAUGCCAAAACUGAGCAAAUCUAACGGAGGAGGAGUGGAGUUAUCUGUUCCUAAAUUGAAUAUUAAUCUGAAUUUGGUCAGUAAGCUGAAAACCAGCAGGGAUGAUGCAAGUCGUCUGCUGUCUAAAGUGCCUGGUACCAGCCUCUUCUACAAAAAGAGUAAAACAGUGGCAGACUCAGCCGAUGCACCAGAUGUGUUCAUAAAUGAUGAAAAUAAAAUGAAGGCUCCAAAAAUAUCUUACAACGAUAGAAAAAGAACAUUUAGUAAGGAUGAUUCGUCUUUAGAUGAAUCUUUUGAGAUGACUGACAGUGAACUUGAGAAGGAAGUUGUGCUGGAUAGCUGUGGUAUCCUAGCAACAAGUGCCAAACAAAUUCUAGAAUCUCCUCAAUACUCUAUAGAUGAGUCAGAUGCAUUGGAAGGUGUCCAAUCUGACAUUGGAUCAUCCACUGAUACAGAGAAGGAUCUAUCUGAACCAGGGAAGAUUGUCUUUGAUAUAGACAGACUGCCUAUAGACAAUAAUGCAACAAAACAAGAAUGUAUGUCACCUGAAGCAGACAAACUGGAUGAAGGUGAUGGCAGAAGAGAAUCCAAUGCUUCUUUCAAAUGUUUUUGUACUGAGACGGAAGAUUGUCCUCAUAAAGGGACUCAUCCUGAGGAAGAUGUAUGGAUCAAACGAACUGACCUGACAGAAGGAAAGCCUACGAAAAAUUUAGAUCUCGAUCUUGGUCAGAAAAGGGUGGUGGAUAAUUCCGAGGCCGACAAGAUUCUGUUGAAGUACAGUAGAUCAAAACAAGCUUUGUCUCAUCCUAGUAUGAGAAACAGCAUGAGUGAUUCGGCUAUAGCUACAAGAGAAGUCACAGUUGCCUUUACUAAUGUCAGUGAUGAAAGUCCUAAGGCGGUACUCGAGUGUGACUUUGAAGCCAACCCAACACUCCAUAAAAAAUUGCCAAAUUUGCUACAAAGCGCGAAAAUGCCAAGAAAGUCUCACCGAAUCUAUGACAGUCUUAAACAACAUAUAGAAAAACAACUGGGAGAUCAGACAUGUCAAUCGACAAUUAUAUUCAUUUAGAUUUUUAUUUUGAUAGUUUUUUUACACAUACACCCUUAUAUAUAUACAUGUAUAUAUAUAUAUAUAUAGACCCAAGGUAUUUAUGCCUUGUACUUUCAAAUCAAGAAUGGUGUUUAGUCAGGUACUUUAUAGUUUUAUGCCAUGCAAACAAAUGACAUGUUUACCUCAUUAUGUACCUUCAUUAUUUGCCUGCCAUCAAAUGUUCAUUUACUCAUUGUUUUUCAUAUGUAUACAUGUAUUAUAUUGAUUUAUGAUAAAAUGAUUGAUAUUUUUCUCUGAACAAACACAAUAUUCAUAUGCACAGUAUUUGUUAAAUACCUGUACCUACAAGUUUUCUGAUAUAGAUACAUUGUAAUAUUUAAAAUUAUGAUUAUUUAUAACUGAAGAAUCACACACAUCAAAAUCAAUUUUCCAUUUUCAACAUCUUAAUUGUGUCCGUGUCCUUGUGUCACAAUUAAUGUACACUGAUGUAAUAUUUAUAUGCCUACAUUUAAGGAAAGAAUAUGUCUUAUAUAAUUCAAAGAAUAGAACAUGAAUGUGCUAUUUUAGUGAAUUGUAUUUACCUCUUUGGUUAAUAGUCCACUUAAUUGUACUACAUGUUGAUAUUUGGUGGUAUUUUUGGUUUUGGCAAUAUGUCCUUUUGAACCAGAACAAAAAUAUCUGAGAAUCUAGUUUUGGCAUGUCAAAAUAUUUUGACUAUUUGGUUGAUUGUGAAAAGAUGUAUUCCCACUGGCCCGAAGAGCUUGCAACAGUACAACUUUUACUUAAUCAACUUGGUUGACAUAACCCAUUGGUGAUAUAACCCUUUAGUAUAAGUAGCAUGCUCAAAAUAUAUAUCUCCUAUGUGUCAUGUUACAUUUUCUUUCUAUAAGAUGAAAAAUGAAAAUUCAUUGUAAAAAUUUCUAUGAAAAAAUUUACGAAAUGAGAAGAGAAAAAAACUUGAACACAUUUUUAUGAUGUUAAAAUGUUAAAUUUAAAAUUGAUAUGAGCCGCGUCAUUACAAAACCAGCAUGGAUCCAGAGCAGCCUGCACAUCCACGCAGUCUGAUCAGGAUCCAUGCUGUUCGCUUACCAACCCUAUUACAAGUAGAGAAACUGAUAGCGCACAGCAUGGAUCCUGAUCAGACUGCGCGGAUGCGCAGGCUGGUCUGGAUCCAUGCUCAGGUCACAAACGCACUAUGUUGGUUUUGUCCUGACAAGGCUCAAUUAUUCAUUUUUAUUGUUUCAUAAUCAGCACCUUUGUAGAUUUUUUUGAUUGACAUAAUUAUUCAAUCUAAGAUUUGUUUUCCCACCAAAUUUCAUAAAUAUCCACCUUGUUUAAUGUUGUAUUUGUUGUUUAAAUUUAAAGUUUAGUUUUUUUCAAUAUCAUAGAAGGUUGUUGAUUUGUUUUGUUGUUGUUGUUGUUUUUUGUGUGAAAGAAAUGGUUCCUUUUUAUUUAUUGGUACUUUUUUCUAAAAUUCAUUUAUUUUUGUUGUAUCAACAUUUAUAGAAGAAUUUUUUUCUUUGUAUAUUUUGCUUUCUUAUUCUUUAUUCAAUAUUUUUUUAUGAGAACACAUAAAUCUAUUUGUUUGCACAAUAUAAGAGAAUAAGUGAUUUUUUUUCAAAACAUUGUUGAAGUCGAAGAUAGAAAAUGUAAGGGCAUUUCUUGUGUUUGAAACCAUCCUUAUGCAUAUUUAAAAGUAAUUAAAGGGACUCCACUGAGGUUUUUUGACACGAAGGGACUAGAAAUAUCUUUUCAAAAGUUGUGUACCAUUUGAUAUAGGUCCGUACUAAUAAUUUUUCUGCAAAAUUUCACAUCAUUAAUUUUGCUCACUCCUUUUUUCGAGAAUAAUGAUUUUUAUUGUGCCAAUUUACCCAAAAUUGAAAAAAAAAAUUUAAAGCAAAUACAUGUAAUCACAAAAAAAAAGAUUUGAGCAUUUUGAGUAUACAUCUUCAUUAUCUUUUGCAUACUUUUUCAUUUUAAAUACAAAAUGUAUGUAAAAAAGAAAAAUUGAAAUUUUAUGUUUUUUAUGCAUUUGGACCGCAGUGGAGCUUCUUUAAAGGUAUUUGCUGUUUUAGACAGUUGUUUCAUAUAAAACCACUUGUUUAAUACCAUCAAUGUUUUCAUAUACAUGUACUUUGAUCUUGCUGUUCACUUGUUGACAAUUUUCAUUGUAGCACAAGUGUUUAUUUUUUAUUUAUAUACUCACAUUAUAUAGAUUCUCACCAAAAUACACAAAACAUUUCUAGCUCAACAUUUGAAGGAUAUCAGGGCUAUAAUUCUGCUCAACUGAGUUCCGGCAUUAACAAUAGUUCAACGCUUGUUUAUGGUUUUAGCAUUUGUUUCAUAGCCACAACUAUGACCUUUCGGGUUAUUGUUGAGCACAAGUUAAAUAGCCACAACAGUGAACCACAGGGUUAUGGUUUCAUAGCUUCUUGGUUAAGGUUAAGCAUAAGUUUUUCAGCUACAACCACAAAAGUUUUCAUUUGAAACAAUAAUUACUCUAAUCAUUAUUUAGAAUCACAAAACUGUAGAUCAAAUGUAGAACAAAUAAUGUAAAUUACUGUAUUGUUUAAAAAUGCAUAUUUCAGGUUCACUCAUACAUCAAACUUUUACAAGAGUAACAGUAAGGUUACUGUCGGUAUUUACUUGAAUGUCUUUCACUUAGAUCACUUUUACCCCACAAUAUUUUCCAUAAUUAGAUCGUCUGUUUUGAAGAAGUGUGUCACACCAAGUUAUCAUGACAAGAUGCAGUUGUAAGACAAGGGGCAUUAUCCUGAAAUAUUUUAGGCGCUAAAGCUUAUUUUAACUUCUGCAGUCACAAUGACCAUAAAACUGGUUAAGAUUACCUUCCCCCAAGUGGUCAGAUACUGGCUAUUUUUCAUUUUCAUUUCAUGAAUGUCACAGUAGGUAACAAUAGUUAAUUUAAGGACAACCUUUAUAUCAGUUUUCCAUUUUCCUGUACAUGAAUAUUAAACUUGUUACCAAAGUAACAUUUUUGUUACCACUCAAUUUGGUCUGCAAUUUUUUCAUGAAUGUCUAGAUGUUAUGUUUAUAACCACUUUUAUUCAGUCUGCAAUAUUUACAUUAACUCUUAACCUGCUAUAUUCAGUCCAUUCAAAGUUCAAGAGAUUUCAAUAUCAAAAUACAAAAAAUAAGCUGUCAACAGUAUAGAGCUUGGUCAGACUGCAUGGAUGUACAGGCUGGCCUGGCUGUAUACUGGUGGCAAAGGUUGAUCACUUCUGGUUCCACAGGUUAAGGGUUAAAUUAUGCCGUGUUCAUGUUUCAUGCAUCCAUAUAAUAUUAUACAUUGUUUAUUUGCAAUGCAAGUCUAAAAUUUUAUAACUAAGAAAUGUUCUAAAAAAAAAAUGUUCUGUAAUAUAGUAGUGGCAUGUAAUAUAGUAGUGGCAGUAGUUAAAAUUUAUCAUGGUGUGGUAAAGGUCACUAGAAUAGUUAGGUCAGAUACUAGAUAGAUUAGGUAACGGGUUUUUGCAUAUACAUUGCACAAUAUAUGUUAAAUGUCAACCAGUUUCAGUUUUGUUUAUAUAAUCAACACACUAGUAUAAGAACAGUGUACUUUAUUUUACCAGACAUUUACAAAGGCUAUAAUCAAAUUAACUGAGCAAUGAUCUGAAUUUUUCUGAAAAUAUUGUUAUCAUGGGUUAGAAUAUUUGCAUGUUUAUCAAUAGAUCUUAUCCGGAACUCGGCAAAUGUGGGUUUUUUUCACCAGCUAGUCUAUAGGUUCAAACCAACUUUUACCAUUAAAGCUUCAUGGUGCACUACAUGUCACAAUAGAUUAGCCAACCUCUUGGGCUUAUUUUCGAAGUUGUAACUGUAAAAGUUUGUUUGAACCUACGGAUUAUCUGGGAAAAACCCAAAUAUUCAAAAUUCCGGAGUUAGUCUAUUGCUGUUUUAAUAAAUCAAACACUGAAGAGUUAAGUGAUCCUAAAGAACUAUGUCUUCUAUUACAGUAUUAAUUUCCUUAAGGGCAUUCUUAUAUAGUCUAAACACAAUAUAUGUAUUAGCAUUGUUACUUAUAUACGACAGCCAGUGGCAUUAACUGGGAGCUAGACCAGCUUGCAUAUCCAUGCUGUAUGAAGAGCCUGUAUGUACGAGACCGUUGUGGACAUUUCAAUUUCAUGAAUUCCCGAUUUCAUCUUCAUGAAUUCCAGAUUUCAACUGAACAAUUUCACAAUUUCAACUUCAUGAAGUUGAAAUCGUGAAUACCUGAAGUUGAAAUGAAUUCAUGAAGUUUAUUUGUGAAUUUAUCAAGUUGUAAUCGUGAAUUCAUGAAGAUGAAAUCGGGAAUUCAUAAAGUUGAAAUCGUGAAUUCAUGAAGAUGAAUUCUUUAAGUUGAAAUCGUGAAUUUAUGAAGUUGAAAUCGUGAAAUUGUAAUAGUGAAUUCACGAAGUUGAAAUCGGGAAUUAAUUGACCUGAAAUCGUGAAUUCCACAAACAUGUUGAAAAUUGGAAUUCAAGAAGUUAAAACUGUGAAUUCAUGAAGUUUAAAUGGCCUUUCUUGUCUUUCGUAUUUAAGCCUUUGAUUGCUUCAAUUAAUGUUUGGAAAUCGAAAUCCCUUUAGCUAACAAGAUAGUUCCAAAUUCUGGGCAAGUCAUAUCAUAUUUAAAUUCAAUAGUUUAUGGAUUAAAAGUAUUACACUGUUAAAAUGUUUUAUUUCUACUUAUUUUUUAUCAAUAUAAUUACAAAAUAAUUAUUGAAUAUAUUUCAAGAAUGCCUUGCACAAGAUAAUCUUAAAAUAUAGAAUACAUUUGUACAAAUAUACUGGCAUAUUACCAAUUGCAAUUUACAUGUAGUUUCAAGUUGAUUUCACUAAAUAUACUUACAGGAAAUAGAAGUAUUAGGCCUUAAUUUUUGUCAAUAGCAUAAAGGCCGGACCAGCUUACAGUGCAGUUUGACAAUACUAUACUCUAUUACUGUUGGUGAUUCAAUUUUCCUUAUUUUGACAUCCCAAAAACUUCAAAUGGACUUUUGAUAUCCCUAAAUUCAAAUGGACUAUUCCAAAGUCAGAGCAAAUCCAUCGCAAGGUUUUUUUCCAUUAUACAUUGUUUAUACAUCAAGUUAGUUCAUUUCUUCCUAUGUUUGGAAAACCCCAAUAUUAAAUGAAUACUAAAAUACCUUUUUCUAGCUACGACAUUGAAUUAUUUGAAUAAGUCAUCUUCUAGACUUCUUUUAAAAUUGGAGGAUGUUAUCCCUCAUCAAAUUCUUGGGUACAAUCAAACUUUUACUGUGCACUAAAUUAGGUUGCAAGUUCAGUUGUAUGUCGGAAUUAAGUACUUUUGCCAAGGUUUAGAGUAUCUCUAUUGAAGUUUGCAAACAUUUUAUUUCAUUAACAAGUGAAUUCUUUGUCAACUGUGAAAUCUAUGGAAAAACCAAGAUAUUAUUACUAUAUGUAAUAUCAUUUCGUCUUUUUGCAUGUUUUGAAAAUGUUUUCAACAGAUGUUUUUAUUUCCUUAUUAUUGUUAGUUGUUACGAUUUAGACAUUUACUAACCACCUAUAGACAAUUAAACCACCCGUUUUAGCUGCCUUCGUUUUCUAAAUAAAACUUAAAAUGUUAUUUCUUGUCUUACUUUUCUUUCACCAAUUUGUCAGUGUAACACUGAAUGCCCAGUCAUCAAAAUAAUGCCAGACCAGUAGUGUUUUUCAAAGAUAAUGAGGAAUCUUAAAGAUAUAUGUUCAACUGCGUUUAAAUAUUAUUAAUGAAAUUCAUCAAAAAUCUAAGAAAUUCAUACUGAAUAUGCAUAUUUUUAAUAAGAGAAUACACAAACUAUGACGUGAACCUGCAUUCCCUAUUGCACGUUUGCUUUAAGUC